AUGGCUAGUCCUCCUGUACUCGCUUUCGAUGCUGAGGGCCGCCCAGUGAAGUUCGACACCUGGCUAGAUGACCUGCACCUCUUCCUACAGCUCACUGCCAAGGAGGACAUCUCACUGUACGAUCACGCCCUAGGCCAUGCUACUGCCCCUGAUACUUCUGCUGACAGCACUGCCCGCUCACAGUGGCAGACUCGUGACGCCCACGCUCGCUUUGCUAUUCGCAACUCCCUGCCGAUAGAUGAGCGCGAGCACUUUGGCCAGCACAAGACUGCUAAGGAACUGUACACUGCUGUCGUUGCUCGUUACUCCUCACCUGCUUCUGCCGCACUAGGCCGCCUCUCACUCCCCUACCUGUUCCCCGACCUGGCCUCCUUUCACACAGUUGCUGACCUCAUCACCCACCUCAAGACUAGUGAGGCCCGCUUCCGCGCUGCUAUGCCUGACGAGUUCCUUGCUAGCAACCCCCCCCCCCCGCUCUGGCUCACUCUCUACCACAUUGUCACCCGCCUCCCUGACUCUCUGCGCGCAGUCAGGGAUCACUUUCUAGCUCGCUGCCCCACUGAGCUCACCAUUGCCCUCCUCGAGAAGGAACUACUUGCAGCUGAGGCGAGCAUCGUCGCUGUAGGUGCCUCUCGUGGCGACCCCCGCACCCCUUUCUUUGAGGGGUGUUCCCCUUCCCCCCUUCUCCCCUCUGUAGCCUCUGCUUCUGCUGUCGACCUCCUUGGUGCUGAGAAGGUCGGGACGGCGUCUGCUCCGAGCGGGCGCCGCAGGAACAGAGGGGGCAAGGGUGGAGGUGGCGGCGGGGGAGGCGGGGGUGGAGGCGGUGGGAGUGGAGGAGGGGCUGGAGAGGCUAGUGGCGGCGGUGGGGUGGUGACGGCAGCGGCGGGGGCGGUGGCAGGGGCGGGGGCGGCAGCGGAGGCGGAGGUGGUCGUGGCAGCGGCAGGGGAGGAGGUGGUCGAGGAGGUGGCGGCGGCGGUGGUGGUCGUGGAGGCGCUGGCGGUGUUCCCUGAUGCCACUGAGCUGCCCCGCUGGGCUGAUCUGGAGAGGAAGGGAGUUGAUAUCUGGGCUCUAGACUUUGAUGCUAUUCUCACUGCCAUGUAUGCGAUGUUUACUAGUGGAGAGGGUGCUCAGUACUUGCGUGUUCCGCCCGACCCGGGCAUUCUGACCAGUGAGGCUGCCGCUCUAGGUGCUAGUGAGACUGCCACUGCAGGUACUCGCGUGUCUGCCACCUCAGGUGAUGGUGAGGCUGCCGCUCUAGGUGCUAGUGAGUCUGUCCCCCCUGGUACUGAGUCGACUGAGGCACUGCACACCUUCACCCUGGACUCAGGUGCUUCUCGCUGUUUCUUUCGUGACCGCACUGCCCUUGAGCCGCUUGCUCGGCCAGUUGCUGUCUCCCUCGCUGACCCCUCUGGGGGUCCGGUCAUUGCGACCUCCUCCACUGUUCUUCCCUGUCCUGCGGUCCCGUCGGGCACACUGUCAGGUCUCCACCUCCCCUCGUUCUCUACGAACUUGGUGGCGGGUUGUGCGCUCCAGGAUGCGGGUGUUCACCAGUUCACCCCUGCAUACGAGCGCGUGACACACUGCACGUGUGCUCGGACGGGCCGUCACCUGGCUACCUUCACUCGGCAGCCGGGGUCGGACCUGUACACACUGACCACUGAGUCCCCUCAGGUAGCUGCGUCUGCGUCUGUGUCAGGUCAGCUGUCGGCCCCCUGCUCGUGUCGCUCUCUGGCGCACGAGACCGUCCUCUGGCACCACCGACUUGGCCACCCGUCUGUGCAGCGCCUUCGUGCCAUGCACAAACGGCACCUUGUCUCUGGUCUUCCCAGGGUUCUCCCUCCCCUCCCACCCUCGCCUGCUCCUCCCUGUAUUCCCUGUGUCGAGGGGCGGCAGCGUGCCGCUCCUCACUCCUCCUCCUUUCCCCCGACGACUGCUCCCUUGCAGACGCUCCACAUGGACGUGUGGGGCCCAGCCCGCGUCCGUGGACAGGGUCAGGAGAGGUACUUCCUGAUUGUUGUUGACGACUACUCUCGCUACACCACGGUCUUCCCCUUGCGCACCAAGGGUGAGGUCCCUGCUGUCUUGAUCCCUUGGAUCAGCAGAGCUCGUCUCCAGCUCAGCGAGCGUUUUCGCUCGGACUUUCCUGUCCUGCGUAUGCACUCUGACAGAGGUGGUGAGUUCUCCUCCGACCUUCUGGCAGCCUACUGUGCCGAGCACGGCAUUGAGCAGUCGUUCACGCUUCCGGCCUCUCCACAGCAGAAUGGGGUUGCUGAGCGCCGCAUUGGCUUGGUCAUGGAGGUCGCUCGUACCUCCCUGAUCCAUGCGGCUGCUCCCCACUUUCUGUGGCCGUUUGCGGUCCGAUACGCUGCGCAUCAGCUCAACCUCUGGCCCCGUGCCUCCUUGCCGGAGACUUCUCCGACACUACGUUGGACGGGAGAGGUUGGCGAUGCGUCGCGUUUUCGGGUCUGGGGAUCCCGAGCUUUUGUUCGCGACACGUCCGCGGACAAGCUCUCCCGUCGCGCUGUCCCCUGUGUCUUCCUUGGCUUUGUCCCGGACGCGCCUGGUUGGCAGUUCUACCACGUCACCUCGCGCCGGGUUCUGCCUUCUCAGGACGUCACUUUUGACGAGUCCGUCCCCUACUACCGCCUCUUCCCCUACCGCACUGCCCCGCUCCCCCCCCCGCCUCUCUUCCUCGCACCAGGUGCUGCUGUGGUAGACCCCCUCCCCCCUCAGGGUGCCGCUCCCUCAGGUGUGUCCCAGGUAGACCCCUUUGAGCCUGUCGAGCCUGGGGGUGCGGAGCCUGGGGGUGCUGAGCUUGGAGGUGCGGAGCCUGGGGGUGCUGAGCCUGGAGGUGCUGAGUCUGGGGGUGCUGAGUCUGGGGGUGCUGAGUCUGGGGGUGCUGAGCCUGAGAGUGCUACACCUGGAGGAGCCCUCUCCUCACAGCAGCUGCAGGAGAGGUACCUACAGUACUGCAGCCUCCGGAGAGGUGCUGCUGGAGCUGGUACCAGUGCUUCCCCUCCUACCCGGGAGCUCCCCUCCCUUCAGCAGAUCCGAGAGUGGUACACGCGGCGCUGCAGUCUUCGGAGUGGCGCUCCUAGUGCUGCGGACCCUGGAGUUGGAGCUGCUGCUGGUGCUGAGGACCCGGGCGGUGGAGCUGCUGCUGGUGCUGAGGACCCGGGCGGUGGAGCUGCUGCUGGGGCAAAGGACCCGGCCGGUGGAGCUGCUGCUGGUGCUACGGACCCUGGCGUUGGAGCUACUGCUGGUGCUGAGGACUCGGGCGGUGGAGCUGCUGCUGGUGCUGAGGACCCGGGCGGUGGAGCUGCUGCUGGUGCUGAGGACCCGGGCGUUGGAGCUGCUGCUGGUGCUGAGGACCCGAGCGGUGGAGCUGCUGCUAGUGCUGAGGACCCGGGCGGUGGAGCUGCUGCUGGUGCUGAGGACCCUGGCGCUGGUGUCUCUGCUGGUUCUGGAGACGCUGCGCGGCCGCGACCGUACUUCGUACCGCUCCUUCAGCAGGUUCUUGGUCAGGCUCCUUCUCCUUGUCCUCCUCCCUCCUUAGAGUGUCCUCCGCCUGUCCAGUCGCAGUCACAGUUAUCGCCUGCCUCGCCUCUCCCUGGUCCCUCUCCUUACAUUGGUCCCACAGGAGGUCUUACGGAGCGUCGUGAGCCUGAGUCUCGUCCUGCGUCGCCUGUUCGUACUGCUCGCACUGGUCGUCGUGUCCCACGUGAGCGUCCUCCUCCUGUCCCUGGCACUCACUACAUGACGCUGCGUCCCUCCACUGCUCCUCAGCGUGUCCCUCUGCCGUCUCCUCCUGCGUCCUCUCUACCUACUCUUCCUGACCCGGAGUCUGACUCCCGUCGUGCUGCCAGUCCCACUGUCACGCGUCUCCUUGCCACUGUUGUCACUGACCCUACCUUUGAGUCCUCUGCUGCGUCUGCUCUGGUCGCUGAGUUGGUUGACCUUGCUGCUCGGUGUCGUCUAUGUCAAACAUUGCAUGUUUAUAUUAUGUAG